GCAGUAACUGGUUUUGGAUUCUCCGUAAGGUGCAAGAUGUCACGCACCAAUCUCCGGACAUUAUGCUUUUAUAUAACAUUUACAUUUAUCUACAUCUUUGGCAAAAGUCAAGACGUGUCUCCUUGUGAAGUUGAGCUGAUGGUCCGUAACGGCAGAACAUUGAAAACUGCCCCACAGCUACCCGUGACAGUCCGGUGUCCUGUCCAACACUGUGGAGAAUCAGUAAAUGUCACUUGGUGUAAACUGCUCAACACAACCGAAUGUGAACCCAUUCAUUUCACAGGAAACUCAGAAAUAAGACAGAGUGACAAGCGCGAUGAGAAAAAACUGAUCUCAUAUUUGACUUUCACACGGAUUUCCAUUCAUGACAACGGCCUGUAUAGAUGUACUUUUAAGGCAUACAAGUAUGAGUUAAUCAGUCACGCCAUCAACAUCUCAGUUUCAGAUUCAAACCAGGGGGUAAACAUCUCUGACUAUGAUGCAGAUGAGCCACACAGCCCAGCUGAUGAUGAGGAUGAGCCUUCUGUUCCCUACUUUUACAUCUGUUUUACCAUUACCGUUCUGCUUUUCACACUGACGGCGUUAUGGUUCCUGAGUUUUUGCGGCUGGAAACCAUUUGUUAUAAGUCUCACACCUGUGAUCCUCACAGAGGGACAGGCGAUGCAGUCCACUCACGUGGUACCCGACCUGCCCGUGGAGAGCGCUCCAUCUACUCGUGCGCCGUGUUACACCGGCUCUCAAAGUGCUGCAGAAAGGCCACUACCACCGCCUCCCCCGACGGGCCCUGGGAACAUGCCAGACAGAAGUCAAGUUGCGGACCGUGUAGUGUAUGCUGUUGUCAACCACAGACAGAGUGCUGAGAACUGAAUAAAAACGCUGCA